AUGUUUUGGCGUCUCAAGUGUUGCCAUCAACUCUACCGUGCGAGAUCUGAGCUUCCAACUGUGCUUGCUGGCUCUUCGUGGCAGGGGCAGCUGAGGAAACGGGAUGAAUUCGAGGCGAGGACGAGAAGCUACUCAUCCCGGCGUCGCGUGUACCACCCAUGCAGCAGCGGAGCGGCGGGGGCGUGCCGUACCGUCGGUGACCGGGUGACGGUGCUGACCAUCGACGGCGGCGGCAUCCGUGGCCUCAUCCCGGGCACUGUGCUCGCCUACCUGGAGGCCGAGCUGCAGAAGAUCGACGGGCCGGAGGCGAGGCUGGCGGACUACUUCGACUACAUCGCUGGGACGAGCACCGGCGGGCUCAUCACGGCGAUGCUGGCCGCGCCGGGACCAGGAGACGACAGCGGCCUCCCGCUCUUCGCCGCCGGGGACAUCAACCCGUUCUACCUGGAGCACGGUCCGCGCAUCUUCCCUCAGAAGUGGAGCAGCCUCGCUUCCUCGUGGUGGGGCCCCAAGUACGACGGCGCGCACCUCCGCGACGUGGUCCGAGAAGUGCUCGGCGAGACGAGGGUGGGCGACACGCUCACCAACGUCGUCAUCCCCACCUUCGACGUCAAGCUGCUGCAGCCCGUCAUCUUCUCCACCUACGACGCCAGGACCACGCCUCUGAAGAACGCGCUGCUCUCCGACGUCUGCAUCGGCACGUCGGCGGCUCCGACCUACUUCCCGGCGCACUACUUCCAGACCCAAGACGGCGACGGAGGCAAGCGAGAGUACAACCUCAUCGACGGCGGCGUCGCCGCCAACAAUCCAACCAUGGUUGCCAUGACGAUGAUCACGGAGGAGGAGAUCAUCGCCAAGGAAAAGGCGGCGCAUUUCCUGCUCAAGACGCCGGAGGAAGACUGCGGCCGGUUUCUGGUUCUGUCCAUCGGCACCGGCCUGACGUCCGACGCGGGGCUGUACACCGCGGAGGCGUGCUCCAGGUGGGGCAACCUCGGGUGGCUGCGCAGCAAGGACAGGACGCCCAUCAUCGACAUCUUCAUGGCCGCCAGCUCCGACCUCGUCGACAUCCACGUCGCCGUCAAGUUCCAGCUGCUCCGCAGCGAGAGGAACUACCUUCGCGUCCAGGACAACAGCGCGCUCGGCGGCGCAGCGGCUGCCGUGGACGCGGCGACGCCGGAGAACAUGCGGAACCUCGUCGCCGUCGGCGAGCGCGUACUGGAGCAGCCGGUGUCGAGGGUCAACGUGGAGACCGGGACGUACGAGGAGGUAAAGGGAGAGGGGUCCAAUGCUCAGGCGCUCGCCGUCCUGGCCAGGCAGCUCUCGGAGGAGAAGACGGCGAGGGACAAGCGGCGGAAUACUGGGCUAGCCGGUGGCAGCAUCGGGCGGCGAUGA